AUGAAGAAACCAUCUUUACAUUAUUUGGUAGUCAUAUCGAUGCUCGUAACAGCGACUUGUCACCCUCUGAUACUGGUUCCAGGAAGCGGUGGUAACCAGCUUGAGGCAAGACUGGACAAAGACUACAAACCGAGCAGUUUCUGGUGUAAGAGGAGUGGUGGAUGGUUCAGGCUCUGGUUUGAUCCAACUGUGUUAUUGUCUCCCUUCACCAAGUGCUUCAAUGAGAGAAUGAUGUUGUACUACGAUGCUGAUUUGGAUGAUUACCAAAAUGCCCCUGGUGUCCAUACCCGGGUUCCCCAUUUCGGUUCUACCAAAUCCCUUCUCUACCUCGACCCUCUUCUCCGAGGGGUCACAUCUUACAUGGCACCAUUGGUGAAAGCUCUAGAGAAAGAUUGCGGUUAUGUAAACGACCAAACCCUCCUUGGAGCUCCAUAUGAUUUUAGGUACGGCCUAGCUGGGCCGGGUCAUCCGUCUCGUGUAGCCUCACAAUUCUUACAAGACCUAAAACAUUUGGUGGAGAAAACGAGCCGCGAGAACAAAGGAAAGCCAGUGAUACUCAUCUCACAUAGCCUAGGAGGCCUUUUCGUCCUCCAUUUCCUCAACCGUAACUCCCCUUCGUGGCGUAGCAAGUACAUCAAACACUUUGUUUCGCUCGCUACGCCAUGGGGUGGGACCGUUGAGCAAAUGAAGACAUUUGCUUCUGGAAACACGCUCGGUGUACCUUUUGUUAACCCUUUGUUGGUCAGACCGCAACAAAGAAGCUCAGAGAGUAACCAAUGGCUACUUCCAUCUCCUAAUGUGUUUCGCGACAAAGCUAAACCCCUUGUUGUCACUCCUCGGGUUAACUACACAGCUUACGAAAUGGAUCGGUUUCUUGAAGACAUUGGAUUCUCACAAGGUGUUGUUCCUUACAAUACAAGAGUGUUGCCUUUAACAGAGGAAUUGGUGGAUCCUGGAGUGCCAAUCACUUGCAUAUAUGGUAAAGGCGUCGAUACGCCUGAGGUUUUGGUGUACGGAGAAGGAGGGUUCGAUGAGCAACCAAAUAUUAAGUAUGGUGAUGGAGACGGGACGGUUAAUUUGGCGAGUUUAGGAGCUUUGAAUCACAAAGUUGAGAGCUUGAAAACUAUAGAGAUUGAUGGAGUUUCGCAUACUUCUAUACUUAAAGAUGAGAUUGCACUUAAAGAGAUUGUGAAACACAUUUCGUUUAUUAAUUCUGGAUUAGCCAAAUGA